UCAGUGCAACGGCGGCUCUUGAACGGUAUUGUUUGGUUAAACGGUAAUGUUGCCACGACGUUAACGGAACACAUACAUAAACCACACAAAAACCGUAACAACAAAAAAGUGGAUAACACAGCAAAAUUUUGAAACUUAUUUCUCGUUUUUUAAUAAAGCGAAAUUAAACAAAACCUCAAUAUAAACAUAGAAGAAGCAAAUACAAAAAAUUAAAAAAAUAAGUGGAAAAAAUAUAACGAAAAAAAGUUUGCAUAAAAUUGCAACAGGGAAAAAUUGAAAAAAAAAACGUAUUGCAAUCAACAACAAGUCCAAAAAAGAGUGAAACCCUAAAUAACCGGCCCCCAAAGAGUUUAAACGCGCGGUUUUGCUGUCACAAACCGCACAAAAAACAAAAUUUUCUUAUUACAACCUAACCGGCCGACAAAACGGACACGGACAGACAGACACCAUAGUCACUCAUACACACACACACGCGCGCAGACUUGGUGGACGUUGUCGCCUGGUUUCCAUUUUCUGGCUUUUCCCCGCAACUCAACACGAUUGUCCCCACCAUCAGCAGCUCAAUAAAUUGUUAAACAGAAAAAACACCAAAAAUGCUUCCGCUUCCGCGAGGAGCGGUAUUACCACUCCUCUUUCUACUAUGUGCGCUACUAUAUAUAAAUGGGGUCCAAUCCGAUGGAAGAGUUGUCUGCUACUACACCAAUUGGAGUGUCUAUCGUCCUGGCACAGCGAAAUAUAAUCCACAAAAUAUUAAUCCAUACUUGUGUACGCAUUUGAUUUACGCAUUUGGAGGAUUUACAAAAGACAAUCAAAUGAAGCCAUUCGAUAAAUACCAGGACAUUGAACAAGGAGGCUAUGCCAAAUUCACUGGCCUAAAAACAUACAAUAAGCAAUUGAAAACAAUGAUUGCUAUUGGCGGCUGGAAUGAGGCAUCCACCCGAUUCUCUCCCCUGGUGGCAAAUGCUGAACGCAGGCAAAAGUUCAUUAAGAAUAUUCUAAAGUUCUUGAGACAAAAUCAUUUCGAUGGUAUUGACCUGGAUUGGGAAUACCCGGCACAUCGUAGCGGCGGUAGACCACAAGAUAGAGAAAAUUAUGCCCAAUUUGUGCAAGAGUUGAGAGCGGAAUUCGAAAGAGAAGCCGAAAAGACCGGACGUCCCCGUUUGCUGCUGACCAUGGCUGUGCCCGCCGGCAUUGAGUACAUUGAGAAGGGCUAUGACAUUCCCAAGUUGAAUAAAUAUUUGGAUUGGUUCAAUAUGUUGACUUACGAUUUUCAUGCUUCGACUGAGCCUUCGGCCAAUCAUCAUGCUCCUUUAUAUUCAUUGGAAGAGGAAUCGGAAUAUAAUUAUGAUGCUGAAUUGAAUAUUGACUAUUCGGUAAAAUUCUAUUUAAAUGCUGGUGCUGACAGAGAUAAGCUUGUCUUGGGUAUACCCACCUAUGGCCGUUCCUUUACGCUGAUCAAUGAGGAAAGUACUGAGAUUGGUGCUCCUUCCGAGGGCCCUGGUGAACAGGGUGAUGCCACUCGCGAAAAGGGCUAUUUGGCUUACUAUGAAAUUUGCCAGAACAUCAAAGAAGAUCCCGAAUGGACUGUGGUCCAACCCAAUCCCAAUGCUGUUGGUCCCUAUGCGUAUCGUCGCAACCAAUGGGUUGGCUAUGAUGAUGAGGCCAUUGUUCGCAAGAAGGCCCAAUAUGUGGUCGAUAACGGUUUGGGUGGUAUUAUGUUCUGGGCCAUAGACAAUGACGAUUUCCGUGGCACAUGUACUGGCAAACCAUAUCCUUUGAUUGAAGCCGCCAAGGAAGCUAUGUUGGAUGCUUUGGGUCUUGGCAUCAACGAAGUUUCCAAACCCACUGGCCCACAGAAACCAUCUCGUGGCAGAAGUCGCGAAAAUUCUUCAUCAUCACGCAAUAACAUUGAAAAUGCCGAACAUAAACUCACCUAUGCUGAACGUAAAGGAGCUGGUAAACGUACGGGGGGAGCAGCACAAAAUCAAGGAACACGAAACCGAGUGCAAGCAUCAACCACCACAACAACAACUACAGUGGCACCCUUAACUUUCAAACUGACUGAAGCCGAAGGAUCUUCUUUGUAUAUAGGAGGAAGGACUACAACACCACCACCACCCACAACACCUGAUCCAGGAACUGAUUUCAAAUGUGAAGAAGAGGGUUUCUUCCAACAUCCUCGAGAUUGCAAGAAAUACUAUUGGUGUCUGGACAGUGGACCUUCCGGUUUGGGUAUAGUGGCUCAUAUGUUUACCUGUCCCUCGGGCUUGUAUUUCAAUCCCGCAGCCGAUUCCUGUGACUUUGCACGAAAUGUGCCAUGUAAGACUAAGAAAUCCACCACUGCCGCCCCUGUCACCUCUCCAGCCUCAACCACUACCACAGCCCGUCCCAAUCGCAUUGCAGUGGCCAGCACCAGAAAUCCUUUGUUCCGUUCAGUUAGCACCACCACCACUACAACAACAACCACCGAAGCUCCUGAAUAUGAAUACGAAGAAGAUGAAGAGGAACAACAUUCUUCAACUUCAGCUAAACAUGGCCUCGACAAGGAGUCCGAAGAGGAUCCCAAGGUAAUCAAAGAACUCGUCGAACUAAUACGUAAGGUAGGCGGUAUUGAAGAAUUGGAAAAGCAUUUAUUACGCAAAGAUGAUGGCACCAUAUCGCUUAAGACCAGCCACACUAGUAGUUCGUCGAUUAGUUCGGGCUCCUCCUCGUUCCCCACCACACCCUCAAGCAUUAGCAAAUCCCUGUAUGACAAAGUACUGAGCAAACCCAAUGCCCUUAAUUCCAUACGAAAUAGUUACAAAUUCACAAGUAGCAAUACACGUAGUAAGAGUAGCAGCACCACCACAACUAACCAAGAGAGUGAUGAGGAGGAAGAGGAACAGCAAAGGGAUGCUAAGCCAGCAGGAGCCUCUUCGGGUUAUAGCAAAUAUUCGUCGGUGGUAAGAGGCCGCCAAGGACCACAAAAUGAGGGUAUCGAUAAAUUAUCGGAAUUCGAUGGUUUCCUAAAGGAGAAGAAACAAUACAUAACCAUUAAUCGGAAUCGUGGUAGCCAGAAAUCUUCAAGAGCUGAAGAUGAAACCGAAGAAGAAACUGUAACAGAGGAAGAGGAGAGUGACUCAAAGUCUUCAAGAAGAACCAAUACGGCCACAACACCAAGUUAUUCAAGCAUACGCCGCACUAGACCCACUACAACCACUUCCAGUCUGCAAGUGGAGGAGGAAGAACAGGAACAUGAACAGGGGCAAGGAAAAGAAGUCACAGAAAAGAAACAAUACAGCACAGUAAAUAGAAGCCGCACCAGAGUUACCAGCUCUACAACAACCGAACCCGAAUCUGUGGAAGUUACAGCAGGAUCAACAAGGUAUAAAUACCUAGAACGAUCACGUCCCUCUAAAACCACUACAGAAGCUUCCCAUGACGAAGAUGACGAUGUUGAUGAUGACAAUGAGGAUUCCUUGGAUCAUGAAAAUACGGUACAUGUUAAGGCUGAUAAAAAGGCCAGCACACAAGAAAUAACCACAACCACGAAUACACAACAGAAGACUUAUGCAAGCAUAGGUCGUAGAACUACAACAACAGUCUCACCUGAUACAACAGAAUCUACAACAAGCACAGCAACAGAAACAACCACAGCGUCAAAUGCAGCAGCAGUAUUGACAACACCAACACCAGAUACUCCAAUAACCAGCAGUCCUUUAACACCUAUCUUAGAUACCACCACCACCACUACCAGCAAUACACCCGAAACUAUUGUAACAUCCCAUGCAACUACAACAAUCAUUCCCAUAGCCACUGCAUCCGAUACUAACACCCAACCAUCCACAAAUACACCUCUGACCUUGACCACAAACACCUCGACGACAACUGCAUCAUUGACGGUGACCAAAUUAGACGACGACUUAACCACAGCCACCUCCCAUCCUAAUGAUAUUCCCGACAUUGACUCAGAGACCCUUAACCUAUCCCUGAAAAUCAAUUCCCUUAUGAGUGAUUCCUCCCUAAAUCCCAUAACGGAGUCUGGUCUAGAUACUGAUAAGCAGGAACAGGAACAUGAAUCUGACAACAAUCUGACUGCGACAACUACCGAAGCGACGACCACCACAUCGACAGCAACUAGCACCACGGAAGCAACCACUGAAAAUGAGGUAAAUGUAGUUAUUAAGGAACGUCAAAAGACACGUACUAGAACAACAACAGCCACACCUAUUACAACAACAACAACCACCACCAAUACCACCACAAACCAUAAUCCAAGAUACAGAACAAGAACCUCAACCACCAGCACAACAGCAAGUCCAGAAGUUGAAAGUCCCAAUACACAAACGAAAAAAUCUUCCUCGGCUAAUAUACGAACCCGACAACAGAUCUUACAAAAUCGUUCUUCACAGACCAACAACAGAACAAGAGUAACAGCCAACGAAUUAACACCCACCACGAACACCACCACCACCAACAUUGAAACUGUAAAUAGCGAAUUUCUGGGUACUGUAUCUAGUCCAAGACCAUUUGGUUUCCCCAAGAAACGUACUAGAGUCACCACAGGUGGUACGGCGGCCGGCACCACCACCACCACCUCUACUACCACAACAACUAUCACUGAAGAAUCUCUAGACUCAAAUGUAGGAAAAUUGUCUUCUUCCAAUACUAAACCAAAAGCUGCCGUUAAUACUCAAAUCAAAAAGGUGAGUUCUCACACAACCCUACUCUCUGAAUCCGAUGCUCAGUCUCACUUAGAGGCCGAUGCAUCUCUAGCGGCCAACCAUACGGCUACGGUUUCGAAAACUUCCUCUCGCCGCGAGCAUGACCAUGAGAGUGAAGUUGUGAACCCCUCCAUAAGCACUAAGCACGUAAAUAGUUUUAACUCUGACUCGCACCCUGUUGUAGAUGUUCAAGGACACCUAGAUGUAGUUGGUGUAGAGGGUAUUGUAGAUUUAAGGCAUGACACGAAUUCCAAUUCCACUUCCAAACAAUCUAAUCUAAAUAUUUCCACAAUUACACAAGAAAAUUCCCCUGUAAAUGAUACCCCCACUGAACAUAGUAGCAUAGUCAAGAUUGAUGAUGGCAAUGGUGUUGUUGAUGAUGCUCAAGUUGAAACUCAUCACACACAAGCUCAUCAGUCUAGUAGUACGGCAGAGGAGAGGAGUACGGCUAGUCAAACAGGUAAAUAUGUGGGCAACGACAACAACGUUGAAGUCAACACAGAGAGCACCGAGGUAAAUGUUGCAAGAUCCGAAGGAGACGCUGAACUAAGCCUUCAAGAGGGUAGAGAAAGUUCUGGAAAGGCAAUUAAAUCGUAUUCAACAAUUCGACGUGUACAUACCAACACCGGCAACAAUGAAGCCAAUAGCGGUGAAGAGAGUUCAUUGGGAUCAACAGUGAAACGUGUACAUACCACAAUAACAACUGUGGAGGAGACUGCAGAUGGACAACAGAAUUCUACCGAGUCUCAUGGGGAAAACUUUGCAGGAGCAAAUGGCAAAUCUUAUAGCAGCAUAAAGCGCACUCAUGCUGCCAUACCUUCGGGCGCCGCAGAAGAUGGUUCUGCACAGAUCAAAACCAUUACAACAACUGUUACCACAGAAGAGCUUGAGAAUGGUCAUCCCUUGGAGUCUAAUGAAGAAAGCAUAGGAGCUCAUGGUAAAUCUUAUACAACCAUUAAACGCACGCAUACCAUAGGUGAAGCGGAAGAUGGGGAUAACUCUUCAAAUGCAAAACAGACCAUUACGAAAACCACUACCACAGAAGAGCUUAUAGAGGGUACUUCAUCCACAGGUCAAACACAAGAGUCUCAUGAUGAAAAUUCUGGAACCAAUGGCAAAUCAUAUACAACUAUAAAACGUACGCAUACCAGCAAUACAUCGGCUGAUGCAGCAGACACAACCACCAAGGUAUCCACCAAAGAGUUUGAAGAUAAGUCCCAAUCUGUGAAGUCUCAUGAAGAAAGCCUUGGAAAAGAUGGUAAAUCGUAUACCACGAUUAAGCGAACUCAAACCACUACACCUACGGGAUCAUUGGAAACCAAAACAAUUACAACCACCGUGACCACUGAAGAAUUUGAGGACAGUCAUGGAUCUCCCAAGUCCAGCUUAACAGCUAGAGGUCAAACGCAUGAAACACACGAAGAAAGUUCUGCAACAGGUGGAAAGACUUAUACCAGUGUUAAACGUACUCACAACGCAACGCCCUCUAUUGAUGGUCAAGAUAAGGGAAGUACAACGCUAACUACCACCACUACUACGGUGACCACAGAAGAGUUUGAAGAUGGUCAAGGUACUCCGAAAACAAGGUAUAGCUCAACCACUAGAGGUCAAACCCAUGCAACCCAUGAAGAGAGUUCAGGAACAAGUGGUAAGACUUAUACCAGUGUUAAUCGAACUCACACCGAAACGCCCUCUAUAGAUGGCGAAAAGUUGGAAAGUUCAUCAAAGACAAGAACAACCACAACUGUAACCACAGAAGAGUUUGAAGAUGGCAAAGAAUCACCUAAGACUAAGUAUAGCUCAACCAGUAGAGGUCAAAUCCAUGCAACCCACGAUGAAAGUUCUGGAACAAGUGGCAAAUCUUAUACCAGCAUUAAGCGUACUCAUACUGCAACGCCCUCUCUAGAUGGCGAAGACUUGGAAAGUUCAUCGAAGACAAAAACUAUUACCACUGUGACCACAGAAGAGUUUGAAGAUGGCCAAGGAUCACCUAAGUCUAAGUAUAGCUCAACCAGCAGAGGUCAAACCCAUGCAACCCACGAUGAAAGUUCUGGAACAAGUGGCAAGACUUAUACCAGCGUUAAAAGAACUCACUCCAGUACGCCCUCUAUUGAAGGUGAAGAGUCGGAAAGUUCAUCGAAGACAAAAACUACUACCAAUGUAACCUCAGAAGAGUUUGAAGAUGGUCAAGGAUCUCCCAAGACUAAGUAUAGCUCAACCACCACAGGUCACACUCAAGAGUCGCACGUAGAAAGUUCUGGAACAAGUGGCAAGACUUAUACCAGCGUCAAACGAACUCACACAACAACGCCCUCUAUUGAUGGCGUAGACUCGGAAAGUUCAACGAAGACUAGAAAAACCACAACCGUAACCACAGAAGAGUUUGAAGAUGGCCAAGGAUCUCCCAAAACUAAGAAUAGUUCAACCGCUAGAGGCCGAACCCAUGAAACCCACGAAGAAAGUUCUGGAACAAGUGGUAAGACUUACACCAGCGUUAAAAGGACUCACACUACCUCACCCUCUAUUGAAGGGGAAGGCUCGGAAAGUUCAUCGAAGUCAAGAACUACCACCACAGUGACCACAGAAGAGUUUGAAGACGGCCAAGGAUCUCCUAAGACUAAGUAUAGCUCAACAACUAGGGGCCGAACACAUGAAACCCACGAAGAAAGUUCCGGAACUAAUGGUAAGACUUACACCAGCAUUAAAAGGACUCACACCACCUCACCCUCAAUUGAAGGGGAAGACUCGGAAAGUUCAUCGAAGUCAAGAACUACCACCACAGUGACCACCGAAGAGUUUGAAGACGGCCAAGGAUCUCCUAAGACCAAAUACAGCUCAACCACUAGAGGGCGAACACAUGAAACCCACGAAGAAAGUUCCGGAACAAGUGGUAAGACUUAUACCAGUGUUCAACGAACUCACACCGAAACGCCCUCUAUAGAUGGCGAAGGCUUGGAAAGUUCAUCAAAGACAAGAACUACCACCACUGUGACCACACAAGAGUUUGAAAAUGACCAAGGAUCUCCUAAGAGCAAAUAUACCUCAAUCACUAGAGGCCAAACUCAUGAAGCCCACGAAGAAAGUUCAGGUAUAACAGGUAAAACAAAUGGCAGCAUUAAACGCACUCACAGCACAAUAGGCGAAGAGGAAGAUGAGAAUGGUGUGGCCAGAUUGAAAACUACCAAGGAAACUGUUACCACUGUACAUGAAGGAGAUGAUAGUAAUGCAUCAAAUGGAGGCAAGUCUUAUUCGACUCUAAGGAGAACUCACACAACCACAACCAACACUGAAAAAUCCCAUGAUGACAAAGAAACUUCCAAAGAAAGUCAAGUGGGCAACACAGUAUCCGGGGAGUCAAAGAGCUCUCAUUGGAAAUCCAAUAGUGAGAGAGGCAAUACCAAACAUCAAAAGGAUUCUGGCGAAGACAGUGAAGAGAUAACAGCAGAAAGAGAAGAGUUUAAGUCCUAUACCAAAUCUCAGCGUACCCAGAGUAACAAAAACGCAGCAGAAGCUUUGGAUAAUAUUCAUGAAUUGGAAAAUUCAUUUAAUUCCAAAUUGAAAUCCUAUAGCACGGUACAAAGAGGACAAGUCACUGAAAAUCUCCAUACAAAUCACGCCGAGGAUUCCGAAGAAUCUGUGGGUACGUCACAUGAAAAGAAGACCUACAAAACCAUAACGCGUAAUCAUGGUUCCAAUGGUUUAGAAACCGAGGAAACUGAUUCUUCGACCAUAUCCAGAAGCAGAUAUUCUACAAGUGGUGAUAACAUACCCUACAAGGCAAUCGUUCGCAAUAGCAGUGGCAUACAUUUAACCGAAGAUCAAGUAUCCGGUUUUGUAAAGACUACCUUGAAUGCGACAAGUGAAAGACCCUAUCUAACCAUAUCGAGAGGUGGACAAAUUUUUGAAGGACAAGGCGGCGAAAAAGAUGAUUCCCAAAAUGAGCUGUAUAAGAAAAUGGAAGCAAUGAGUUUGACUGAAGUUGAGCAGAAUGAAUCAAAUUUGAAAAAGGAAUCAGAAGAAAAAACUGCGAAAGAUUCCUCAAGCUCAACAGGGGAAUUAACAAAUACCGAGAAAACGGAAGAGUCAUCUACAAUUUCGGCAAAUGAAGAAUCUUCCAAUGUGUCUGCAGGGAAAACAAUAAAUACCGAGAAAUCGCAAGAAUCAUCUGUAGUUUCAACAAAUGAAGAAUCCAACACAGCAUCCAAAACAGAAGAAACUUCUUCGACUUCUACGGAAGCCUCUACAUCAGAUGAAUCAUCAACAACUGCUGAAACCUCUACAACUACAGAAACCUCCACAACUCGCAAAAACUCUACAACGGAAACUUCAACAACCUCAGAAACCUCUACAACUACUGAAGCACCCAAAACCACUAAAGCUCCUGCCUUAACCGUAGAGACAACCCGUAAAAUUCUAUUCAAGACCAGAGUUUCGACAACGGCAGAACCUACAACAACCACCACUCCAGCUCCCAGUAGUGAGACUGAAAGAAAGUCCAACAAUCGUAAGACUCUUUUCAAAACCAAAACCAAACUUGAGAAUAAAGAAACUGAGAAAUCUACGAACGCUGAAGUUAAGCACGAAACCUUGACCUUUGAGGAACUGGAUGCAACCAUCGGAAAAACUAUUGAACGGGGCACAUAUAGACCCACUGACAAAGGUGAUCUUUCUUCUCUGUUGGCCUUGGAUUUGGCCAAAAAACAAGGAGGUCAAAAACAAUUUGGCAAUGGAAGAGUACGAAGACCAGUAGAAAGACCUGCGAAUGGUAAUGGCAACGACGAAACUUUAGAGGGAGAUUCUAAGACAAGUAGUGGCGGUUUUGAAGGCCAGUUAUCGGAAGCCAAACUUAAAGGAGAAACCCUUAAACUGAGUGAGAGCAUAGAUGAAACCAAUGAAAAAUUGGCUUUACGUGGCACGUAUCGUCCUGUCGAUAAAGGAGAUCUAUCUUCAUUAUUGGCCCUGGAUUUGGAAAAGUACAAGCAUGAACAGUUGAAAUUCGGCAAUGGCAAAGUUCGCAGACCGGUGGUAAGACCUUCUAAAGCCAACUUGGAAAUCGAGUCGGAAGAAGGUAAUGGAAAAUUCCAAAGACUCCAAUCAACCGCUGAGGAAAGUGAGAAUGUAGAAGUAGGAAGUGGUAAAUUCAGUAAGAAAGUCAUCAAGACGAAGAGCAGCAGUCAAGAAACUAGCAUCGCAACAGAUGGCACUGAAGAAUCUAACAGCAAAAAUGAUGACACUGAAGACAGUGUGAAUAGCAAAAAUAGCAGCUCAUUGAAUUCUGAAGCAGAGAAGGAAAAUGGAAAAUCUCACAAAUUUGGAUCGUUGGGCAAAAUCAAUGGCACUCAGACAGUAGAAGGUAACGGGGCCAACAGCACAAGGGAAACUGAAGAGACGAAAGGUAGCCAAACAUCUAAUGGUCAAAGAAAAACUGUAUUGGUACGCAAACGAAUUCAUAAAACUGUAAAUGGACAGACAUUGGAAACUUCAGGCGAGGAUCACUCAGAGGAAUCAGAAAAGAAUCAGGGACAAUCGAAUGAAAACUCAAAAUCUUCUACUAAUACAACAACAGUAACAACAACAACCAGCCUAAAUGGAAUAUCUAAGCUAAGUCUAGGUAAAAAGACAGUCAUUACCAGCAAAACUACUGCAAAUGAUUCGCAAACAUCGAAGGUUGAAGGGGAAAGCGAAACCAGCGAAAGUUCUGAAGGAGUAAAGAAUUCCAAAGGUGAAAUUGGAACUAAAAACCAAGUUCAUCGUUUGUUUGCCAAUCGUAAAACUCAAAAAGCAACAAAUAAUUCCUCCGGCGAAGAGUUGACAGAAAAUACCAAAGACUCCCAGGUGGAAGAAACGAAGGAAGACAUUUCUGCCAGCGCCAGGGCAACUAAAUUUGGAAGCCAAAAUCGCAAAUUUGGGCUUGCCAAUAAUCGCAAGCUUGGUUCCAACAUAGGCUCGGCGAAUAGUGAAGCAACAGUCUCCGAAGAAAGUGGCGAUGAAGUCUCGGGAAGUGCUAGGACCAAUAAAUCUGGUUCCCAAAAUGGCAAAUUGAUCUCAAACAAAUUCGGUGCUAAUCGUGCCCGCGGCCAAGAAGAAACUGUGGAGGAGAGUGAAGGAGAAGCUACAGCAAAUGCGCGAACAAAUAAAUUUGGCAAAGGCAAUAAAUUUGCUCAAGCACAUAAUCGCCAUCAAGCUACCACACAAACCGAAGAUGAUUCCGAAGACUCUAAAACUACAAGAAACAGAUCUCAGAGUCGUACCUCGAGCUCCAGUACCUCAAGCGCCAGCACCUCAAGCGCCAGCACCUCGCGAAGAGGAGGAAGCCUUUCGCGUACUCGCCUCGUAGAUUCGGGCAAAACCGAAGAAGUCGAUUAUCUGGAGGAUGGCUCCAAACGCAUUAAGACCAUAAUCAUAGAAAAUGUACCCACUGGACCGAAUACCGUCAAAACUAUACGCCGUAUCAAAACUAAGAUCAUUAAGAAACAGGAACCCAUCUAUGAGGAUUAUGAGGAGACGCCAGAGCUAUCCACCACCACCACGAAGAGACCAAAUUUGCACAAUCGUGGCACAGUAAGAUUCCAAAGUAAUGACUUAUCCUCACUAUUGGCUUUGGAUUAUGCUUAUAAAUCGCAUCGUCGUCAUGAAGGAGAGCCUCAACAAGGCCACAAGCCACGUCGUAAGGUCAUACGUAGACCGGACAUAAUAACCGAAACAGAAGAAGUUGAGGAAGUAGAAGUGGAACUGCCCACAAGGCCACCAAAAACAACCACAAUCACCGAGGUAAGGGAAACGAAUACCAUAAAUGGCAAAAAGCAAGGCACAAAAUUGACCAGAACCAGCACAACGACAGCAGGGGCGAAUAAGGAGACUUCCACUAGUGUCAAAAUAGAAGAAGAACAAGAGGUGGAAGAAACCACAGGCCCUCGUAAAAAUUUUGCAGCAAAACGACCCAUUGCAGGAGGUAAAAUCAGCGCAGCCACAACAGCAACCAGCAGCCAAGAAGAAGCAGCAGGAGCAAAUAAGCAGACUUCCACUAGCGUCAAAGUAGAAGAAGAAGUGGAACAAACCACAGGCACACGUAAACAUUUUGCAGCCAAACGUCCCAUUGCAGGAGGAAAAAUCAGCACAACCACUAAACUAUCGGCAGCCAUCAGCAAUCAAGAAGCGGCAGCAGGAUCGAAAAAUGAGACUUCCACAAGCGUCAAAGUAGAAGAAGAAGUGGAAGAAAUCACAGGCACACGUAAAAAUUUUGCAGCCAAACGUCCCAUUGCAGGAGGUAAAAUCAGCACAACCACUAAACUAUCGGCUGCCACCACAGCAACCAGCAGUCAAGAAGAAGAAGAAUCUACCACAAGACGCAAUUUUGCCUUGAAAAGACCUUUGGGCUAUAAGAAUGGCAUAGCUAAGACUUCGGCAGGAGAGAGUUCGUCGCAAACCACAGUGGAGGAAGAAAAUGAAACUACAGUGGAAAAAACCAAGGCGACAACAAACAAAUUCAAGAAACCCUUAAGCACCACCAAAGCACCGACGACAACCACGACAACAUCAACAAGUACCACCACCGAAACACCCCCCAACACAACCCAGGAACCUUUGGAAAAUUCAGAUGAAAGCAUUUCGGCUGAAGAUAAUCCCCUAAAUGCUUUACGAAAUCAAUUGGCCUUAGCCGUCAACAAAUUAACCUCCAAUGUUGCUGAAGCUGAGAUGGAAUUGAAAAUCAAUCAAAAUUCUGAAGCGGAAGCAUCAGCAGCAGCAGCAGCAGCUGUGGAGCCACACCUGGAAGGUUCAACCACCAUAGGGGCCAAUGGAGAAGAUCUCUCUUUGCCCAUCUAUCAUAGACGUAAAUAUUAUCAAUAUUACAAAGAUUCGCCCAUAACCUAUGUCAGUCCCAUUACUGGACCCGACGGGGUCAUAGCAGAUCCACCACCCAAUGUGGAUGUGGCCAAGCAAAUUCAUGAUGUCUUCAACAUCAGCAACAAUCAAUUGAAUGGACCCGACAAUAGUGCUGAGGAUAACGAAGCUGCUUCUUCAUCGUUUGCCAGCGAACAAGCUCAAGAAAUCAAUCAAGAGCUCGGUAAUUUUUUAUUGAAACCCCGGGUCAGUUUAGGUCACCCGGGGGAUUCGAAGAGUGUGAAUGAAAAGAAAGUCCAGGAUCUGGGUAGAGAAACUCGUCGUGUUGGUAAAUCUUUUCAAACUUCGGCUUUACAAGCCAACGAAACACAGAGAGGACAACGCCUAAAGCUCAGAGUGCUGCAAAAUCAAGUUGAUGAUAAAGUGGAACUGAGCAAAAAUGCCGCCAAAUUUGAGGUUAGUAAAGAAAAGGAAACGGAUUCAGAAGAAAAUUUGAAUAACGAAGAACACAAAACUACCAUAAUACGGAAACGUGUGCGCAUACAAACAAUUGCGCCAUCAAGUGCUGAGAAGGAGGGAGGAAGUUCUCAAACUACCACAAAAUUAUCAUCCAUAGGCACUAGCCGGCGGUCUGGCUUUAGUGCCAACAGACACCAAGGAAAUGAGUCUGAGCAAUCCCCCAAGGAAGAAUCAUCCACUGAAGUGCCUGUAACAACGGUUUCCCAACGUCCCACACGCAGAAGCUUUGGUGCUCGCAAAACCACAGAAUCGGUAGCAACUAAUGAUACUUUAGCAACUUCCCAAGAAUCUAAAACUGAAGCUGAAUCAUCCUCCGAGUCUUCCAAGCCCACACGUAAAAGUUUUGGUUUUGCCAAACGCCAAGGAAGCACAGAAAAGCCAACAGCUUCCAAAGAUGAAACCACCGAUGAUUCUGAUGCCUCUGUUAAGUUAUCUCUAACAUCGGAAAAUUCUUCGGAAAGCGAAACCUUCAACGACACUGAAUCUGCGACCAGUCUAUUUGGCAAAUCUUCGGUAGGGGCUGAUCUCACAACCUCUGAAUCUUCAAUCAUACGAACUACCCAUCGUUAUUCCUCAGAUAGUGGAGAGACAGAGGCUGCCGCUAUUACUACCGAAAGCUCUGUUAACGAUAAUGAUAAGAAAACUUUGCCCAAACGCAGGGUUGUUGUCAAAAAACUUGUAAGAGUUGCCAACACUACAGAAAAUAAUCUUGAAGCUGUCACAGAUUCAGCAACACAUAGCACAGAGGCAGAUUCAACUACAGCAACUCCAGAAACCACAAUUGCCAUAACAGAAACCUCGGAUGUGGAGACAUCUUCUGCUUUACCUGUAACUAGUGACACUGAGCCAUCUACCACACCUAUUCCCAAGCUUGACAGCGAGGAAGGGUCUUCUAGAACCCUUUUGGCAAGAAAACGCAUACGCCUUACCAAGGUAGACUCAACCAGGGAAGAGGCUGAAACAACAACCGAGGCAAAAGAGGAUAGCUCAACAACAAUUAGAUCUUCUGCCAUACGUGGAAGAAAAGUCCAGACCACCACUACAGAAUCUCCCGGCUCAGACAAUCCAAACGAAAAAGAUAGCAAACCUGUGAUCGGGCGCCGAGGACAACGUUUUGGCAGAGUUCAGACUACAACCACCACGGAGUCCUCAGCGGAUUUGGUUGCCGACACAACUGCCAGGCCAUUUAUAAGACGAAGAGGUCAACGCUUGGGAACAGUUGCUACUAACGAAAAGGAAACCGAACAGGAUGUAGAAGCAGUUACCGAGUCUUCGGCUAAAUCCCCCUUUUUAGGACGCAGAGGUCAACGUUUUGGCAAAGUUCAGACAACCACCACCGAAGUUCCAGAGGACAUAGAUGCAGAAACCACAGCUAAGCCUACAGCCAGAGCUUCGUUUAGUGCUAAUCGUGCCAAAAUUCUUUCCUUUAAACGCCCUGUGCUGGAAAGCACCACCAGCUCUGAUUUAGAUGUGGAAAACAAUGAUAUUGAUACGGCUGAGAAACCCACUACAAAACGCUCUUUUGCCCAGGAUUCCUCCAAAGUAGUGGGAGAAGCCAAAAAUAGUCUUUUCCCCGCCACACGCCCAAGACGCCUUUUGGUCAAUGCUCAUGCUAGACCACAUUUUAAUGAUCUGCUAAAGACAACAACUGAAAAGGAGGAGGACUAUAAGGGCGAAGAUGAUGAGGAUGAUGAAGAGUAUGAUGAUGAGGAGGAAGAUGAUGAAGAUGAGAGAAAAGAUGCAAAGAAAAAUGUACCCUCUUCAAAUCGUAAACCCAUAUUGGGUUUACAACGUCCGGCUAGCCAGAACUCAAAACUUGCUGUGAGUAAAAGACCCUUGGGAUCAUUUGACCGAUUCAAUGGUAGAUCAACAACCCAAGCGGUUGAGGCAGAAACUGAGGAUGAUGGGGAGCCAACUACAAAAUCCACUUUGUCCAUACGAAAAUUCCAAACGCGUUUAAAUGCGGCCAGCAAAACAGAAACUGAGGAGUUGAAAACCAACAGACGCCCCGUAAGUAACUCAUUUGUGAAUGAAAAAACUGAAGAAGAUGAUGAUGAAACAAACAAAGAGCAUCAUGCAACGUUCCCCAGCAGAAAACCCUAUACAGCUUUAAAUCGUAUUUCUACAACUUCAGCAGCCUCAGUCGAAGCUUCCUUAGAGGAGAGUUCCCAGGAAGAUAUUGGCGAAGAAGUAACCAAUUCCAAGGAAAAUGAGGAACACAACAAAGAACCCUCAACGACAGAAAACUCCCAAGAAGCCGAGAAUAACUCAGCUGAGAACAUCUCUACUGAAUCGAUAACCCCUACCAGUAAAACUAACUCUGAAGAGGAAUCUUCAACUGAAUCAUUGUUGGAUAGCAAUGAGAGUACUUCGGACAAUUCCAAGGAAGUUGUAGAGUCUAGCUCUGCAGCCAAUGAUGAAUCGACCACACCAAGUUCUGCAACAACAACUACAACAGCUAUAGAACAUCCAGAGUCCGAAUCAUCUACAGAGAGUAUUGCUUCUGCGGACAGCAGUGAAAAAGUUGAAGAAUCUUCUACAGAAUCAGCAGAAACCUCUUCAAGCACAGUUGCUGCAGAGACUAAUAAAAACACUGAACGUAGAGUGACACGUCUUAGAAUUGUUAAAAACAAAUCAUCCAUCUCUGAAGAAUCUUCAGAGGCAACUCUGAACUCGCAAGAAGCCAGCACCGAAGCUGUCAAAGAUUUAGGGACAACACGUCUCUCCUUUGUAAGACGUCGCCCCAUCCAAACUUCUACACAAGCCUCCCAAGCAACCGAAGAAAAUGAAGAAGACCAAAAGGUUAGCACAGAAGCUACCACAGACUCAGGCUCAACACGUCGUACCUUUAUAAGACGUCGUCCUAUUAAAGCUUCCACCGAGGCAUCAAAUCGAACUGAAGAAGAUGGAAACUUGAACGAAGCUAGCACAGAAGCUUCUACAGACUCGGGAACGACGCGGCGUUCAUUUAUAAGACGCCGUCCCAUUAAAGCCUCCACAGAAGCCGCAAUUGAGGAUGAGGACGAAGAGGUUGCCAUCUCUACACGUCGUCCUUUUAUUAGAUAUUCUACAACCAAAUCUUCAGCAGAUGAUUUAAGCGAAACUGAGGAAGGAGGCAAAGCUUCUCCUAUUGUCAGACGUCCCUUAAUUCGUACCACCACUAAGCAGCCGCUAACCAUUAGAAACAGACCAUCCAGCUUCCAAGCGGGAACACGCUCCAGUUUCUCCAGAACUCUGAACCAAAAGCAAGCAGCUAGCCACAAUGAGGUGGAAGAAAAUGACGACGAAGCUGAUCAAUCAGAGGAAGUAGAAGUUACCACACGUAAAUCCUUCGGAUCAUUUGCCCAAAGAAAGCAACCGCCACAGGUGGGCUUUAGACCCAAACAACUGCAAACCGAGAAUGGUGUCACCUUGAAACCUUUCAAUAACCAACGCCCCAUAUUUAAUAAGCCUAGACCAAAUCUUUUUGGAGCCAAAUUACCAUCUAAGGAUUCGGAAAAUGAGCAAGAGGAAUAUGAGGAUGACGAUGAUGAUGAUGAUGACGAUGAAGAAGAAAAUUUAGACAAGGACAACGACAAUGACCAUGCCCCUAAGUUUGGCCAGACAAAAACCGAAUCAAGUUCUAGUCUAUUAAGCUUGCGCGAACGCUUGCAACGUUUACAAAAGACCACACAGGAAGCCAAUGACAACGAAACCAAGACCCCUUUGAUAAUAAGAAAGAACACUAUCACCACCACCACCAGCACAAAAACACAACUCACACCCUCAGAUAACUCUGAAAGCUUGGCCAAGCCCACAGAGCUUAACAAUGAGGAAGUAGAUAGCCACACUCUCACUCACGCUACUAACACGAAAUUUGUACAAAACAGCAGUAGUAGUGGUAGAAGUAGAACUAGUAGUAGUUAUGGUAGUUCUAAAUCUAAUCCUAGCCUUAGCACCGUAGCCAAUUAUUUGAAUAGUCAACGUUACGAAACUAACCCAGCACUUGAAUCUAGUCAUAAUGAACGAAAUGAUAAACUUAAAAAGUUAUUGAACAAUUCUAAAAUUAAUCAUAGUAAUAAUAGUGAUGAAGACAAUCAUGAUGAUGAUGAUGAUGAUGAUGAUAAUAAUGAUGAUGAUGAUAACGAAGAAGAAGAGGAAUCUUUAGAUGAAAAACAUAAAUUUAGUUCUAAGUCUGAAAUUAAGAAAGUUAAGGGAGCUAAUGAUGAUGAUAAUGAUGAUGAUUCUAAACGACGUUUUCAGAAAUAUCAAUUCCAACCUAGAACCCCAACAACUACAACAUCCACCACUAGCACUAGCACUAGCACCAUCAUUAACGCCACCACCAGCAAACCUUUGGUGGUGAAUAAAUUUGCCAGAAAAUUCAAAGGUGUUAAGGUCUACCGAAAGAAUGAGGCCACCCAUGACGACAAAGAUGUUGAUGGUGACACCGAUGACGAUGAUGAUGAUGAUGACGAUGACGAAUCCGAUGCCCAUGAAGAUGUUAUCAAGGCCAACUCUCAGGUAAAUGAGAAGAGAACAACCAGCACAAACAGAACUGAAACUCUAGCACCUAGAACAACUGUCAAUACAACAACAACUACAACAUCAAUAAGAACAAUAACAAAUUCGGAUAGUUCGUCUAGUCCGACCUCACAUACGGCCACAAGACGCGUUAAAGUCUUUAGACGCCCUGUUAACUCAAAUCAAAUUAAUGUUAAGAGUAGUGCUACUAAUUCUACCAACACUGUAUCCGCGGAAGCCUUAGAUAGUCUCAGUAGUGUUAGUGAAAUAGUUGAACACACCAUAGAAGCUUUUACACUUAACGAAACACAAUCCACAGCCACAACGACGACCACAGAAACACCGCCAACGGCGGCGACACCGGCGACCCCUAAACGCUUGCGUAAAGUAGUGCGCAAACUGAUAAGACCCAUAAACCGCAAUGUGGAGGAAACAAGGUCCAAUGAUAAUGAUGAGAGAUCCACCACUACCUCCACUACCUCUACCACCACGACAACAACCAUCGAAAAGGCCAUUGAACCUUCCACAAUUGGCGCUUUGUUGGCCAGAAAUCGUGCCAAUGUGUCGCGCAUUGGUUUUGACCGCAGCACCAAAUUCAAUUCAGACUCAGCUUUGAAGGCCAACAGUGUAGAGGAAGAGGAUGAGGAGGGAGAUGAGGAGGACGAUGAUGAGGAUGAAGAUGAUGAUGAGGAGGGCGAGGGUGAGGAAAGUCUGGAAGAAGACUCUGAAAAUGCUCAUAAGCCGGUUAGACCUGUGGUGGUAGCCACCACUGCUCGUUCCCGCAAUCGCUUUAGCUUACCCUCCACCAUAACAAGAUCUACAUUGGCUCCUGCCACCACCAGCAAGCCCAAGGCUCCGUUGUUUAGUUCCACCUAUCGCAAUAAGUUUGGUGGCAAAGCCUUGAGCACAACCACCACCACAACCACAAAAGUUCCCAAGGCAACCUUCACAAAAUUGGGAGCCAAAUCCAUGUUUAGAACCUCAACAACAACCACAACUACAGAAGCUCCCAAUAGUGGUGAGGAGGAUGAGGAGGAGGAAGAAAGCGACGAAGAGGUGAGUGAAGAAGAAGAUGUGGAGCAGAAGGCAACCACUGUGGCCGUAACUGAGGAAAUCAGUUCGACCAGCAGCACCACCUCGGCUCCACAGACCACGAUUGCGGAGGAAACGUCAGAGGCAAGCUCUAGCACUUCUACGACAUCGACAGAAAUUGUAACCACCACACCACAGCCCAGUGAGGAAGAAAAGCCCACGGAGACCUCGCAAACCGAGGAAAUGGUGGUAACCACCAUGUUACCCGAACAGGAAUCUAGUUCGACUAUAGCCCCUACAAUUGCUACCACCACUGCCACCAGCCCCACAACCGCAAGCACCACCGAUGAUAAAUCCCUGGAUGAGGAUAGCAAAACCAAAACGGUGGACCUACAAAAACUACGCAAUAAGGUGUUGGCCGAAUCGGCCAAGGAUGAAGGUAAGGAAGGUGUACUCAGUGAUAAGUUGACAGGUAAACAGGAACAACUCUCAGCCGAAAAGGAGGAUGCUCUACUCAAGCUGCGCAAUCGCAUACAAGAAGAGUUGGCCAAGGCCGCCGAAAGAGAAGAGAAGGAGGGUGUCUUAAGCAAAAAACUACUGGUAGCCACGAAUGGCACCACCGAAGUGGAUAGCGAACACGAAAAAGAUGAUCCUUUGCUGAAAUUGCGUCACAAGGUCAAAGAGGAAUUGGCCAAGGGCAAUCAAGAUGAGGGUGUACUGAGCGAUCGUCUUAAACAUAAACCCUCUGAGGAAGAGGCCGCUCAAACCGACAAUCCUCUCCUAAAAUUACGCACCAAAGUUCAGCAGGAAUUGGCCAAGGGUAAUCAGGAUGAUGGUGUGGUCAAUGAUAAGCUAAAGAAACUCAUUGAGCACAAGACCAGCGGCGAGGAGGUGGAAGGUUCAGGAGAUAACAAUGAAUUGCAGAAGAUACGCAAUAAGGUCAAGGAACAAUUGGCCAAGGGUGAUCAGGAAGAGGGAGUGGUCAACACGCGUCUCAAGACUCUAUUGGCUCAGAAGAAUGUCAACACCGAAACCAACUCUUUGGAGGAUGAUGCCAAUCACGAAGAAAGUUCAGGAGAUGAUGAACUGAAUGCCAACAAUGUGGCGGUAAGCACUCGCAAGCCAUUUGUGGGACGCACCAAACUCAUAGCCACUGACAACACUGAGCCCAUAACCACAGAGGAGGCCACCACGGCCGCAGCGCCUGCAGCCACCACCACAACGAAGAGCACAGGCAAACGUCCCACCUUCAGCCGCAAAUUGGUGGUGAAGAGACCGUAUACACCCACCAAACCACCAUUGACCCGUUUGAAGACUGCUGCACCUUCGCUGGCACCUGGCACUGUAGCCACAGGCGGCAAGGGUAAGAAGAAAUAUGUCAGACGUAAAUUCGGUCGUUUCCAUCCCUUCAACCGCAGCAAUGUCAACAAUGGCGAAGGCUUUGUGCGCAAGGAUCCGCGUGGCAAUAUACUGCCGGGCACAGAUCGUUUCAAGGUUCAAGGCGGAGCCGGAGGUGAGGGUGACUAUGACGAAUACGAAGACGAGGAAGAGGAGGAGGAGACUGCGGUAUCGGCCAAACCAGUGAAACCCAAAUUUACCAUAACCCCUAGACCGGCAACAGGCUCUAGGCCUUCGGUGCUGGGCCGACCUCCCUCACUGUUUAACAGACCUCAACCCAAUCUGCUGAGUAAGGCCAAGCCAGGCAACGCUCAGGGCGAAGGUUCUGGCGCCGGCCAUGAUGAAGAUGAGGAUGAAGAAGAGGAGGAGGAGGAUGACGAAGACGACGAUGAGGAUGACGACGAUGAUGAUGAUGACGAUGAGGAACAUGCCAAUGGCGACAAAUCCACCCCCACCCCAGCCAAGGUGGUCAAUAUACCUGGCAAGCCACAAAAAUCCGGUUUCAAACCCAAGGACAAUCGUGUUCUACCAGGAGCCCGUCCCGGCUUGCCCGGCAACAAACCUUCGGGUGGCAAUCAACCCUCACGUGUGGUCAAUAUACCCAAUCGCCCUAGCGGUGGAGGCGCUAAUGUGCCCGGAGGCAAGCAAACCACUCCGGCUACCAAUCGUUUUGGAGUCUCCCGAGCCACCAAUAAACCACGCAUUGUUAAUCGUCCACCGGGUGUAGUGCCGCCCAGUCUAACCAUUAAACCAGUGGCCACCAACUUUGAAGUAACCACUCCACUAAUACCUACUAAACCAGCGCCAUUUAUACCAAAUAACACUCCCGCCUAUGAACGCAAAUACACAGGACCCUCGACCACAGAGACUCCCUUCAGUGAGCUAGACACUUCCCUAAUUGAAGAUCUGGAUAUUGAGGCCUUGAAUGCCCGCAAUAAAAAGAUAUUCGAUAUUAACAGCAAGAAACACACCACUAACAAACCCAAGGUCUUGAUACCAUUCUAUAAUCCCACAGCCGGUGACCAACCGCCACAGACACAACAAACACAAAGCGAACAAGAACAGGAAUUGCAAAAGAUUCUCAUACAGCAACAACAACAACAACAGAACACCCAAUUAAACUCACAAUCAGAAACAGAUGCUGAGGGCGGAGCAUACACCACAGCCAUACCCAACGAGACACAAUCCGAUCAAAUAGACAAUACACAGACCUUCUAUGAGGGCGACAUCUAUGCCACCACAACACCCACCUCCUCCUCCGUGCUCUCUGAAAAUGUGGAAGGAACAACUGUGAUUGCUCCUUCCCAGGAGGGAGAGGACGAGGCUAACAUUUACAGAACAGAAACGACACUCAUGGAUAUGGAGACCACCACACCGGCGUCCACAUAUCAGCAACCCCAAUCACCUGUUUUUGAUGGUUACACUUCACCCUCACCACUAUUCAAUGGUUAUGCCACCACUACACCCGCCACACCAACUGCGGACAACACUCUCCACCACCAACAACAACAAGAACAAGGCACAAUUCCUAAUCAAUCAGUCGAUCAAAAUCUAAAUAUCAAUGAAAUUUCUUCACAGGAUCAUGGAAUUGUCCACAACCUUGCCACCACCACACAACCCCCCAGUACCACUUUGUUGCACAUAUUCACCUUGUCCGAUGAUGAAAACGCCACCACCAUGAAUCCCAUAACCGAAGUUAUACCGCGUGAAGGGGUUAUACUACACGAAACUGUUAUACCCGAACACAAAAUAAAGGAGGUCAGUCGCAUAGUGGAGGUACAUUCGAAGGAGGAGAAACGUGUUGUGGAUCCCAUCACGCAACAGCUGGUGCCCAUUGAAGGCUCAGCCGUCUAUCGCGUUGAAUCCCUGCCCAAGGUAGAGAAGCUGGGCGAGGUGAGUGUGGUGAAAUAUAUUCAUUUGGUACGUGGCGGUGAUAUCAAGAUUGAGGGACGCAGUUCCGUCACAGACUACACCCCCAUUGAGCUGACCAGUGCCAGGGCUUCGAAACCUGUACGCAAUUCCUUGCCUGAGGGCAUUAACGAUGACGCAGACCGUUAUGGUAAAGCCAUUUAUCCUGAAGUCCUGAGAGAAGUCGAGACUUCCACCAUACCUCUGGAGGGUCUAUUCGACAGUGCACGCAAAGGCAAGCAUUUGGAGGGCGGUGAUGAUAGCACCUCGCAACCACAAGAGGGCGCUACCGAAAUCUCUUCGGAAAGCUCCAGUCAAGGGAGCGCAAUAAAACAGGUCUCCUCCAGCCAAGAAGCUAAUCGUGUGUUCUAUGCCUCCUCCACCGAAGGCUAUAAGACUUUCAGCUCCUAUCUAGAGGAACAGGCUAAGGCCGCCCAAGCACCCAAGCCAGAAGUGCAAAGCAAUGAGAAUGCUCACGCACAAUCACAUGGGGAGAAUCAAUCAAAUAUUAUUGCCAUAAAGAGUCCUGCAACAAGCACAACAACAACAACAACUUCGACAACAACAACCACAGUUGUAACCAGUGGUCAACAACAGGAAAGCCAUGUUACUAGUGAAAAGUCCACAAGCUCUGAAAGCUCUUCAAACACCUCCUCCUCCUCCUCCUCAAGUGAAACUAAUGAAUCUUCGGCCUCGAGCACCAAACCUACUCCAGUGCCCGGAGUUUUGUUCCCAUCAUAUGUAAGACCUAUAGUACCCCUAUUACGUCCCGAAUCCAAUGAAUCCUCUCCCCUUGUUAUAUCCAUAGCCAAUUUAGAUAAAGUUAUCUUGAGUAAGGUUACAAAUCAAAACAACAAAGAUGAACAGCAGCAAGAACAACAAUCACAAGACUCUUCUUCACUUCUAUCUCAACAACAACACACAGAAUCAACACAACAACAACAACAAGAAAAUUCAAUUUCUAACGAAUCUUCUAUUACCUCAAUCCCUGCUCCAACUACAACUACAACCACAACAACAACAACCUCCAAACCCACCACCCAUUCCUCUUUCUUCCUUGAAACCCAUACAGACCGUUCGGCCAAAUUUAUUGAUGCCAGUGGACCGGCCACUGAUCGUUUAUCUUCCAUAGCCCUUUUGGAUGCCGUUAUCCUUGGCCAAUCACGACAACUGGAGCAGCAAAGACAACAACUCCUUACACCUCACAUUAUAACAGGCAAAACCACCACCGCGGAUCCCAUCAAAAAUGCCAUAUUCACCAACAGCAAUGGCUUAGUGGAGACACAAACCGAUAAUAGCCGUCUCAAUUCGGAAAUUAUAACCUCAAAAAGCUACCUAGGCGAAAGUGAAUCCAGAGCUUUGCCUCCCUUCUAUUACAGUCCCAAUGAUCAUUCGGAGGAACACUCGGAUAUGGAUGAUUCGGAUGGAGCCUUUUCGGGUAAAUCAGUGGCCAUUAUAAAGGCUGAAGCUCUGCAACAGGAGGAGCAGCAUAUAAAGCAAUACAGCGGUGAAAAUGUGGUGCCCCACUAUUAUGUGGGUGGCCAACGUGAGGGACGUGCCCAUCAAGAGGAGGCCACAGCAGCAUCGCACAAUGGACAUUCGAAAUUUAUACGCUAUUCCAUACCACCUCUAUAUUUUGAUCUUUUGGGUACUGGUACAGUGCCUGAACAAAUACCUUGGGACGCUAUAGUUAACCGCAAUGCCAAAUUCACACAAACUUCAACAUUAGCCCAUACACAAACCCCCAUUAAAGACUCGACCCUGGAGACCACCACAGUUAUGCCAGCAGUAAAUUCUGAGGCAACCCAAACUGAAAUCGUCUCAGCCAGUGCAGAAACUGCAACUCCCAAUACCCCCUCCUUAGAACAUCCCUCAAACAUAGUGGCCGCCAUGCCACCUUUCUAUUACAAUCCUCAUCAAGAUAGUCGAACACAAUAUGCCACUAGACAGAGUGGAGAAGCUUUCGAUGCUGAAGGAGCCUUCUCCAGCCAUACGGCACAAAUAGCAAAAGCCCCCAUUCCUCUGAACUCCAUAAAACGUAGACAAGCCAAAGCUUUUGAUCCUUUGGCCAAUGCUGAGAUAAGGCGUCAACAUGAAUUGUUUACCAUAGAUCAAGGCUCCAGUGUUGGUAGAACCAUGAGUAGCACAGGGCAACCCACUACCAUAGUUACCUAUACAAGUAGUGAGGUACAUGCAAUGCGCGAUAUGGCUCCCGAAGAGCUUUCACAAACCGUAAGCUCUAUGGAGGCGGAAGCUACAACGACGAAAGCCGCUACAGACAAUAAUACUGUUGAAACAUUUUUUAGCUCAACUUUUAGUUUUCUAUUCAAAAUGCUGCGCAUAUCAGCAACUGGUGGCAAAAAUGGUUUGCUUGUAACUCGAAGACCUGUAUUGAGUGUGCGCCGACGCUUAAUUACCACCACAGCAGCUCCAACAUCACUCAACCCCGACUUGAAUACAGCGACCGAGAGCGAUAGUUAUACCCAAUCACCCAAUACAGUCACAACUAUACAGCAGCAGCAGCAGCAACCCACAACAACUACGACCUCAGCUUCCUCCACUGAUGAUGGUGUUGAAUAUACAACGACCUCUAAAUAUUAUCGCAUACGCACCCUACGGCCAUCGUCAUACACUUACUUGGCAUCAGGGGGAACCUCUGCUGCUACUACACCAGCCACAACGCUGGCAACAUUUGUCAAAGCCGGCUACAAGUCGAAAAAUCAACAGAAAACUGAAAAUGAUUUGAGGUUGGCGCCAUCGGCCACCUCAGCAACAUCGGGCAACGAUAUUGAAGUCAAGCAGCAAACAAAAAAUCCCUCAGUUUCGGCAACUUUCAGACGGAAAUAUCAAGCGAGACGUUUAACGACAACAACAGCAUCAUCAACAAAUCCCGAUGGUUCAGCCACUGAACCACCACGGACACAAAAUCCUUUAUUCAAGAGACGUUUCAGUUUGACCACCACAUUGCCAUCAUUCACAGGCAGAACUCUGCUACCAACUACCAGGAUAAAAACUUCCGCAACAACCAUACGGCCAGUGACUGGUGAUGCUGUGACCAUGUAUGCACCAUCUUCUUCAACGUCAACGCCAUCAACAUUGCCACUCUUUACCACACCUUUCUUUGAAAGUUUAGACAACGAUGAGGACACCGAUCAAGUGGCCAAGUCAAGCAUUCACACGAGUCUUUUCAAUCAAAUUAAUGGCAGACUGCACCUCGACGAUGAUGAAGAUGAAAUUGAGGCCGAGGGUGUGUUGGUUACCCGGCGUUUGGCUAAAAAUAACAACAAUAAUAACAACAACCACGAACAGAAGUCUUUGCCGCAAACAACCACCACCAGAGAUCCAACAUCCAGGUUUUUGCAUCAUCAACAGCAGCAGAAAACCUAUCAGCAACAACAACAAACCAACUACAAUUUGGAGGAUGUCAUAACCAGACGUAUGGAUGACAGAAGCAGUGGGGCAGCUUCAAGAGCUGGAGGCAUUGAAUCCUCAAAGCCAACUACAACGAAAUCAGCAUUCUCAGCAUCAUCAUCCGCAUCAUCCACAUCCACAACUCCACGUUCGGCCAUCAGAAAACGUAAAUUGGUUGUCAAGCAAAAACCACCAAAGUCAACGCCCACUUCCAACCCAAGGGAUAGCCAAAGAGCUGGCAGCAAUCGUAGGCCAAAUAAAUAUCAGGAACCCCUUAAUCGUCUCAAUAGUUACGAAUCGAAGAUUUUAACGAAAGCCACACAAGAACCUGGACGCACCUAUCGUCCUAAUAUCGACUAUGAUUACUAUGAUGAUGAUGAGUCAAGAGUUGUGGGGAAUCGUAAGAAUCAACAGCUCAAAGUGAUUUUGCACGGUGGGGGCUUAAUUGAAUGUCUGGAUCAAGGCAACUUUCCGCAUCCACUGUCAUGUCGCAAAUUUAUAUCCUGUGCCAAAUUCGAAACCGGCGGUGUAGUAGGCUGGGAAUACACCUGCCCCAAGGGUCUAAGUUAUGAUCCGGUGGGUGGCAUGUGCAAUUGGGCAGCAGGAUUGGGCUGCAACGAAUAAGUUGACAUGGAGGCAACGGCAGCAGUAAUCGAGUGAAAAAAAAGAAACCAUAGCAACAGAGACCACAUGAAAGAAGACGAAACAUCAUCACAAAUCCUGUGUACUGCUGCAUGCUGUGUAUGUUGCAGAGUAAAUAAACAUUUCCAUGGCAUGAAACGACCACCCACAGAAACCUUUGUCUCCAAAAGCUGCCUGCCUAUCUUCAUCGGGCAUCUCCAUGGAAUUGUUAUUCUUCUUUUUCGGACAAUUGGAACAAAUACUAAGAGCAAACAUUAUGUUGUCUAACAACAACAACAACAACAUCAAAAACUAUUCUUCUUCUAAUAUAAAAACCAACAACAACUACAUAGUAUGUUACUUUUGCAUUUGAAAUAAAAUUUGAAACUAAUAGAAUUUAAUCUAAAGAAAUGGCAAACCAAACACACAAAAAUCGACAAAACAAAAAAAAAUGACUGAAUUCAUGUUAGUAGACCAUUUUCUUUAAUCAACUUCAUCUUCUGUCUGAAAUUUUCUGUAUCUCAAUUUUAUUGAUUUAUAUAAAGAAGCAUCCUUUCAACAUUUAAAGAUUUUAGUUACAUAAAACGUUUUGCCCUCUCCUCAGUUUUGUGUGACUACAUCAUUUUUUUUUUAUUUAAUUUUCCUUAAUUUUAUUGUCUUGAUUUUUUUUUUUUCAACUUAAUUUUCUUCUUUUGAUUUUGAUACAUUUAUAUUAAGUGAUUUUAUUUAUAAGAGUUGUAUGUUAAUGUCUUCUUGUAAGUUUUAAGUUAUGACCAUUCCAUUAGCAUUCACUUUUUUUAAAUACGCAAAUUUAUUAUCCUUUGUUUCUUUUUAUUUUUUCUUUGAGUGUACAUUUUUCAUAAUUAAGAGCCAUCCAUAUUUCGUAUAUUUAAUUAAAA